AUGGGCUUCUUCCUGUCAGCACCAAUUGUAUUUUUGGCAAAUACAGUAUAUUUGCCGUUUGUAAUUUCUGUAGUGAUUGGAGUUCCUUCUGCUAUUUUGUAUUUAUUUGAAGUUAUAAUAAUUAUUACAAAAUGGAAGGAAUUUAAUUCCAGCUUUUUUCAAUUACUUAUUGCAAAAUCAAUCUUGAAUAUUCUCAACUUCAUUAUCUCCUUUGGACCACGUUUUGGAAAGGUUGGGUUGUUCACAAAUCUUUUUCUUCAACUACCUUCAUGGGUAUUAGCGAUAAUAUUCUUCUUUGGUUAUUAUUGCAUACACGGCGAAAAUAUAGCCACCACUUUACAAUUGCUGAAUAGACUUUCUUCAAUUUUAUGGCCAUUUUCUUAUGAAAGGGCAUGGAGACGCUGUCUGCCACUCAGUAUGCUACUUAUUUUUGUUCUUCCAUUAAGCCGAACCGUACAAAUUUUAUUUGAACCCUUUAUUGCCCGCCUACAGGCUGACAAUCAAACUGUAACUAUAUAUGAGGUUACUAUAAAGCCAGGCGAGAUCAACCCUACAGAAGAUGCAGCCUAUUCCUGUGUUAUUUUCAUGUUUAUCUGUUUAAUUAUAAAUAUAGCUACAUUGUUUGUCUACAAAACUAAAGUACAACCCCAAACAAAUAAAACAACUUCGAACGGAUUGCAACGGAUUAUAGAAAAGAGACUGACACUUUACGCCUUUUGGACGUUUGUUGGUCAGCUACUUAUUUCUAUUACGACGGUAAAUAAAAUUCUUAAUAUUUUUUUCAAGAUAACGAGGGUAGCAACAAGAUAA